UUCAAUACUCUGUUUUUUUUAAGAAAACCAAUGGGUGUGGUUUCACUGAGGAAUUUCUUCGUACUGUCUCUAGCUUUGAAUGUGAGUUUGAUUUUAAAAGCUGUAAAUCAGAAUGAGAACCUCCAUAGUGGAGCUUCAAUAGCGGUCGAGAAAGGGGCUAAAGUUGCCAAAAUGACAUUUUUGUCCUUACCUUCUCUGUCAUCUCCAUCAGCGGCUGCUCCUGAAACUCAAACGCCUCUUGCUACCGAAAGAGUCAUUAAUCUUGACCAUGGUGACCCAACAAUGUAUGAGCAAUAUUGGAAGCCAAUGGGGGACAAGACUACAAUAGUGAUCCCUGGAUGGCAAUCAAUGAGCUAUUUUUCUGAUGUUACAAACCUUUGUUGGUUCAUGGAGCCUGAAUUGGCCAAGCAAAUUGUCAGGAUACAUAAGGUGGUCGGUAACGCCGUUACCAAAGGGCGGCACAUUGUUGUUGGGACGGGAUCAUCUCAACUUCUCUUAGCUGCGCUCUAUGCCUUGUCCCCACUAGAUUCGUCGAACCCGAUCAGCGUGGUUUCUGCAGCCCCAUACUACUCGUCUUACCCUUUGAUGACCGACUGCGUUAAGUCGGGGCUCCACAAAUGGUCUGGCGAUGCAAAGGUAUUUGACAAGGACGAGCCUUACAUUGAAUUGGUCACCUCUCCCAACAAUCCUGAUGGCUUCGUUCGACAUGGCGUGGUGAACCGAACUGGUGGUAUAUUGGUCCAUGACCUUGCUUAUUAUUGGCCACAAUAUACCCCAAUAUCCACCCCGGCUGACAAUGACUUGUCGUUGUUCACCGUGUCAAAAUGUACUGGCCAUGCUGGGUUGCGCAUUGGGUGGGCUCUUGUGAAGGAUGUUGAAGUUGCAAAGAGAAUGAUCAAAUUCAUAGAGCUGAACACCAUUGGUGUGUCUAAAGACUCACAGCUUCGGGCUGCCAAAGUUCUUGAAGUAGUAUCCAGCAGUUGUGAACAGGCCGGUGGUUCGGAGUAUGCGGAAUCCUUCUUCCUUUUCAGCCACACCCUCAUGGCCGAGCGGUGGAGGCUGCUAAAGGAGGCAGUGAAACGUAGUGGCAUAUUUAGUUUACCUAAUUUUUCUCCUGCACAUUGCAACUUCUUUGACAACACCUUGGGAACUCAACCUGCUUUCGCAUGGUUAAAAUGCGACCGUGACGACAUUGAUGAUUGUGAAAACUUCCUCCGACGCCAUAAGAUCCUCACACGAAGUGGAAAACAUUUUGGUGUUGGCUCGAAAUACGUUCGAAUUAGUAUGCUUGACCGUGAAGAAACGUACAAUUUAUUUAUAGAAAGAUUGUCUCAGAUCAGCUCAUACUCGUACAUCUGAUAUUAGUGAAGUGCUGAGAAGGCCUUAGAGAGUUAGAGGUUGAAGAAUCAGAGGGGGUUUUGGGUUGGCAACUGUAAAUUUGAAAAUGGAAAUGAGAAAAAGAAAGGCAAGAGGAAAAUGUUUGUUAUUAA